AUGGCAGUUCAACACUUCUUCUUCUUCUUCUUCUUCUUCAAACACAUUUCCAUGGCUCUUGCAGAUGUUGGCACUGCCACAGCCUACGGUCCCCCAUAUCUUCCCACCCUUUGUAAUGGGAACAGCGUUGCCCAGUUCCCGCCCGGCAACCUCUUCGUGGCGGUGAACGAAGGGCUGUGGGACAAUGGCGCUGCCUGCGGUCGACGGUAUAGAUUACGAUGCUUGAGCGGGCGAAACCGCCCGUGCAAGGCCGACAUCAUCGAAGUUCAGGUGGUCAACCUCUGCCCCAAAUCGCCAUGCCCCUCUUCCUUUCUCAUGUCCAAAGAGGCCUUUACCGCCAUCUCCCGCCUCCCCAAUGCCAGACUCAACGUCGAAUAUAUUGAGAUAUAAUAUUACAGGUUUGCAGCCAUGUCCUCCGAAGAUCUUUCAAUUUCAA